GAAAAAUCUCUCAGGGGGUUAUCUCGAUAUCCUGCGAUCUGAUUGGCGGGCAACAAGUGUCCGUCUCUCUCAUUGGUCGACGGCGUGUGUUUUCGCUUUUCGAAUGUCGUCAAAUUAACCACUUAAUCGUAGGAUUUCAUAGUAAUAAAUCGUUUUAAGUAAAUCUUUAGUGUUAAUACGGCUUUUAAGUUUUGAAAAUGUCGAAAAAUGUGCUUGUUAUUGGUAGUGGCGGUCGCGAACAUGCCAUUGCUUGGAAAAUCUCGCAAAGCAGUCAAGUGAACAAAAUUUUCGCAGCACCCGGCAGUUUUGCCAUUCAACAGGUGCACAAGGCGGAAAAUGUCCAGUUGGACAUGAAGAAUUUUAAGGAGGUAGCGAGUUUCUGCAAAUCCCAAAACGUCUCCUUGGUGAUAAUAGGUCCAGAAGACCCUCUGGCAAACGGUAUCGCAGACGUGUUAACCUCUGAAGGCAUUCCCACCUUUGGACCUCAAAAAAAUGCCGCUCAAAUCGAGUCGAACAAAAAUUGGGCCAAGGCAUUUUUCGAUAGGCACCAAAUCCCCACAGCUAGGUGGAAAUCCUUCGAAAACGCCAAGGAAGCAAAGGAUUUCAUCAACAACGCUCCCUGGGAUGCCCUUGUAGUCAAAGCGAGCGGCUUAGCAGCUGGUAAGGGCGUUGUGGUAGCUGCAAGCAAAAAAGAAGCUUGCGACGGCGUCGACGAAAUUUUGACCGGGAAAAAGUUCGGGUCAGCCGGAGAAACCGUGGUGAUUGAGGAGUUGCUGAAAGGCGAGGAAGUGUCGGUUUUGGCGUUCUGCGAUGGCAACACCGUGAAGGCGAUGUUGCCGGCUCAGGAUCACAAGAGGAUUUUCGAUGGUGAUCAGGGUCCCAAUACUGGGGGGAUGGGGGCUUACUGUCCGUGUCCACUGUUGAACGAUGAGGGUUUGAAGUUCGUGGAGAAGGAAAUAUUGCAGAGGACUCUGGAUGGGUUCAACAAGGAAGGCAUCAAGUUUGUUGGAGUGUUAUAUGCGGGACUUAUGCUGACAAAAGAAGGCCCUAAAGUGUUGGAGUAUAACGCUAGAUUCGGGGAUCCAGAAACAGAAGUUAUUCUUCCUUUAUUGAGGUCGGAUUUGUACACCAUCAUGUCGUCUUGCUGUAAUGGGACUUUGAAGAAUCAAGAACUUCAGUGGAUGGAAAAUACCAACGCUGUGGGUGUGGUGAUGGCUUCCAGGGGGUACCCAGAAACGUCUAGCAAGGGUCAGGUUAUUACCGGUAUUGAUACUGUGAGCCACAGGCCUAACCACGUUGUUUUCCACUGUGGGACAGCCAUAGAAGGCGAGCAUUUGGUCACCAACGGUGGAAGAGUGUUGAUAGCCGUCAAUUUGGCUCCGCAGCUGGCCCUAGCUGCAGCUAACGCCACUUUAGCUUGCCAAACUAUCAAGUUUGAUGGUUCUCAGCACAGAAAAGAUAUUGCUCAUAAAGGGAUAGCAAGUGCCAUUCUAAAAUCCGGUAAGCUCACUUACAAACAAAGCGGGGUGGAUAUUACCGCCGGUAACGACCUGGUAAGCCACAUUAAACCGUGCGCAAAGUCCACGAACAGACCCGGCGUGAUGGGCGGUUUGGGGGGUUUCGGGGGUCUCUUUGACCCCAAAGCGGCGGGCUACAAGGACCCCCUCCUUGUGUCGGGAACCGAUGGUGUCGGCACCAAGUUGAAGAUUGCCCAAGAGAUGGGUAUGCAUGACACGAUCGGUAUCGAUUUGGUGGCGAUGUGCGUCAAUGACGUAUUAGCUCACGGUGCGGAACCUCUAUUUUUCCUCGAUUACUUUGCUUGCGGAGCAUUGGAUGUUAAAGUCGCGAAAGAAGUUGUAACAGGAGUCGCUGAAGGUUGCAGACAGGCUGGAUGCUCACUUGUAGGUGGCGAAACUGCGGAAAUGCCCGAUAUGUACCCACCAGGCGACUACGAUGUUGCCGGUUUUUCUGUAGGAGCAGUGGAAAGGGAGCAAUUGAUGCCCCACAUUGAAAAAAUACGACCUGGCGACGUUAUAAUCGCUUUACCAUCGAGCGGGGUGCAUAGCAACGGUUUCAGUCUCGUCAGGAAGGUGAUGAAACUGUCCGGCCUCACCUACAGAGAUGUAGCUCCUUUCAGCCAAUCAGGAAGGAUGAUUGGGGAGGAGUUGCUCACCCCUACCAAGAUCUACGUUAAAGCCGUCAUACCGGCGGUGAAAACCGGCAAGGUGAAGGCGUUCGCGCACAUCACGGGCGGCGGUUUGCUGGAGAACAUACCCAGAGUGCUGCCGGACAGUUUGGCCGUCGAUAUAGACGCCACCAAGUGGCCGAUCCCCGAAGUUUUCUCCUGGCUGGCGACUGCAGGCGGGGUAAACCAAACGGAGAUGCUUAGAACCUUCAACUGCGGUCUAGGAGGCAUUCUGGUCCUUCAAAAGGAACACCAAGACGAAAUUAUGAGGCUUGUGGCACCCCAUGGCGGUUCAGUUAUCGGCACCAUAGUCAAAAACAACGGCGAACAAGUCGUUGUAAGGAACUUCACGGAGGUUAUGGAGGUUUCCAUGCGAAAGUACGUCCCACAUGUUGUGUCUAAGUGCGCUGUCGCGAAAAAAAGAGUGGGGGUGUUGAUUUCCGGCAGUGGUACCAACCUGCAAGCCCUGAUAGACGCCACCCUAGACCCGUUAAGCCAAAUGGGUUGCGAAAUAGUUUUGGUCCUGUCGAACAAACCAAACGCGCAAGGUUUGGAGCGAGCAGAACGCGUUAAUAUACCAACAAAGGUCCUAAGUCAUAAAGACUACAGCAGCAGAGAAGACUUCGACAAAGCUAUACACAACGAGCUCAUAGCUGCGAGUGUAGAUAUAGUUUGUUUGGCAGGUUUUAUGCGGAUUUUAAGCGGGGAGUUCACUAGGAAAUGGAAGGGGAAGUUGAUAAACGUUCACCCAGCGCUUCUCCCGCUUUUCAAGGGCACGCAUGCGCAGAAGCAAGCUCUCGAGGCUGGCGUGAGAGUUAGUGGAUGUAGCGUACAUUUUGUUGAGGAGGAUGUAGAUGCGGGGGCCAUAAUAACUCAAGAAACGGUCCCAAUUGAAGUAAACGAUACGGAAGAUAUUUUAAUAGAGAGGAUCAAAACAGCGGAACACAAAGCUUUCCCAAGAGCCUUAAAACUGCUGGCUACAGAAAAAGUGAAACUUGGCGACAACAACAAAAUAAUUUGGUCUUAAAUGUAUAUAUUAUUCCAAUGAAUAUGUUUUUUUAUUACAUUAUACUACGUAUCAGGAAAUUUGAAUAUGUAAAUGUGUUAAAGCUGUAGAACAGGUUCUGCAUUUGUUGAUAUAAAUAAAUAAAUUUUUAAUCCGACAUAGUUUUUCAUUUCAUCAACAUGGCGACUUUAAGUGAAAAUGAUAACGCGAUUUUAAAUUGCGUUUUCAACCCCAACCUGCCUCUAGAAAACCUAAAAGAGGAGAAGUUAGAAGAUGAAGAAGACUUGACCCCAGAAGAAAAAACUACCACUGAAAUGGAAGUAGACGCGAUAAUUUUGGCCGAAAAAGGCAAAUUAAACGAAGGUUUAGAGCUGAUAAACAAAGCCUUAACUAUAGCCGCCAAGAGACCGUCCCUAUACAACAACAGGGCAAAUAUUUACCAAUAUUUAAGGAGAUUUGAGGAUGCGUUUGGUGAUCUAACUAAAGCCAUAGACUUGUCGACGGAAAAGCACAAAAAAACUUUGUGUCAAGCUUAUUGCCAGAGAGGAAUAUUGCAUAAAAGAGCCGAAAGAUUGGAAUUAGCCAAGGAAGAUUUUGAAGUUGCCGCCAAAUUGGGGAGUCAGUUCGCAAAAAGCCAACUGGUGGAAAUGAACCCUUAUGCUGCUCUAUGCAACCAAAUGUUAAAACAAGUGAUGGAAACAAUGAAAUAAAAUGAAAAUAAUAAAAAAACCGCUGUUACAUCAAUAUAAUAUAUUAUUAGCACCAGUAAAAUAAUAAUAUACAAAUAAUGUAUGUAUAAAUAAAUUCACCUAACCUACAAAGAAAAACUGAAAAUAAAUAACAACUAAAAAUAAAUGCAUAGAAUAUAUUAUUUAUUCCUUUGUAAAUUUACAAAAUUUUGGGUAUACUCUAAAAAUGCACUUUAAAAACCAAGAUAAAAAAUAAAAAAAAAAGAUUUGGUAACUAGGGGAGAAAAAGUAAAAGAGCUUCUAAAAACGGAGAGAUUAACUAUACCGGUUAUGUGCAGGAUAAAAUUUGGUGUUAAGAGAUAAGUUCCACCUCUUCGACCAUUUCGAAGUCUUUUCCGGUGCUGGAUCGUUGACUGGACUCGCUUUCGGUCUCGGACGCCUGCGCAACAUUUUCUGCGCCGCUGGCCGCUUCGGGUAACCUAAAACAACAAUUUUG